AUGAGGUAUAGCAGUAAAUCAUUAUUGCGUGUUAAUUUAGGAAAAAACGAAACAAUAUCAGCGUCAUCGUCGCUAUUUAAAGAAUGUGAAUUUCCAAAUAAUCCGUACUAUGUUUUAUUUGUAUCUGUUGUGUCAUUCUAUCUACCGUUAAUCGUUAUGGUUUACGUUUACAUUCAAAUGUAUUCUGCAGCUAAAAAACAAGUAUUAGCACUCCGUUCUGGUUACAAACAUCACUAUCUGAUAACAUCUGCAGAGUCAUUCAUUCCAAAAUUUCGUUUGAAACAAAUUUCAACUGCAAAAAGAACAAGAAAAGAAAAAACAGUAGCGAUUCGUGAAAGUAGAACAAAUAAAAAGUCAGCCAUGUUAUUAGAAAAUCGUAGACCGUCAGCUGAAAUAAUAACACUUCGUAUCCAUCAUGGUAAAUAUCAAAAACCAAGCGUAGAGCAGCUUCACCAGAAUAAUAGAAGCGACAACAAGUUUAUAAAUAUAAUCAGACGAAAAUGCAUACGAACAAAUAAUUUUUGGAAAAAGUUUUCCAAAGAUCAAAAAGCCGCUAAAUUUAUAGGCAUUGUGAUGGGUGUAUUUGUUGUUUGUUGGCUACCAUAUUUUGUUUAUUUCAUGCUUAGCGGUGUAUUUUAUUUUCGUUUAAAAGACGAUCAAAAUCAUGAACUGUUGUUUAAGAUAUUUUCGUGGUUAGGAUAUACCAAUUCAGCGUUGGAUGUUCUUGUUUAUGUGUUCACUUCAAAAGAGUUACGAGCCACAUUUCUUAAAUUGUUCUGUAGAUCACGAGUUUAAAUAAAAACAAAUCGAAGCACCCCACAUACUGAAUCUGUUCAGUACACCAUAUACUUUCAAGCUCUUUUCCACAUUUGAAAGAUGAAGAAUCCUCUACCCUACAAGAUUCAGCAUAUUAUGGACACUGCCAUUCCGUUCUGUGACUAGAUUUUUCUUACUUUUUCGUAUUAAGGGCGAUUCUUUAUCUAGAACUGGCGCAUUUUCGCAUGAAGACACAUAUAAAGGUAUUGGAACGGUUUAUCUUAGGUAUGCACCGGUAUCGGUAUACCGAAUACCGAAAAUACCGAACAUCGGUAUAUACCGAUACCGAAAAUACCGAACUUCGGUAUAUACCGAUACCGAAAAUACCGAC